AUGAGGCCAGCAUCGCCGAGCAAGUUGUCUAUGAUGACUUCUACUCCAUUAAGGGGGACGGAUAGUCCGACGAGAAUAAGAAAUGGAGCAGGGAACGUGUCAAGUGAUAAUAAUGUGAGCAGUAUGUUGUCAAUGAUGAGCUUUGUCACUGAUGCGUGGCGAGGAAAGUUGGAGGAGAGUCGGAUUUUUGAUGCACAUGACCUGAGGCUACUGUAUAACCGGCAGUUGCAGUGGGGAUUUGUGAAUGCAAGAGCUGAGAAAUCGCUGUUAGUACAGAAAGUAAUGGCAGAGGAACCAUAUUUACGAAAUUGGGAUCUAAUCGAUGUGGAUCACAGCAAUGCAGUAUCUGGUGCUAUAAAGGCAUUAGAAGCAAGCAUUAUACGCCUUCCUGUUGUUGGUGGUGCUAGGGCUAAUGUGCAAAAUGUGGAAGAGGCUAUUUCUUCAGCUGUUGAUGUGAUGCAAGCAAUGGCACCUUCAAUAUGCUCUUUGUUAACUAAGGUUGAGCUAAUGAACUUUUUGGUUUCUGAACUUGCCAACUUAAGUGCAAGAGUGCACAGUUCACUUGAUGAAUGCAAAGAUACUUUGUCAAUAAGAUUCUUACCCUUGCAGUACCAAGAAAGAGCUGGUCGGAAACGUGUUUCAUACUUGUUUUGGAUCGAAAAGGCACAGAAUGGCUGGCCUCCUUAA